CAUUCAAAUACAUUUGCAGGUGUUAUAUAACACGUACAAUAAUUUACUCAGUAAUAUUUUGUGAUUAAAUCAAGAAAAAAAAAACAUGUCGAAUAUGCAACAUACAAUGCUGACUGGAUCGGAGGGAAUUAAGAAGACCAUUUUGCACGGAGGAACUGGAGAUCUUCCCAAAUUUAUUACUGGGACAAAGGUGACGUUCCACUUCCGCACGCAGCUGUGUGAUGACGAACGUACAGUGAUAGACGACAGCAAAAAGGUGGGGACGCCCAUGGAGAUAGUGAUUGGCAACAUGUUUAAACUUGACAUCUGGGAGACGCUGCUGUCUUCCAUGAGGAUCGGUGAAGUAGCCGAGUUUUGGUGCGACACUAUUCACACCGGUGUUUAUCCACUUGUGUCCAAAAGUAUGCGUCGCAUUGCAGAGGGAAAAGACCCAGUAGAGUGGCAGGUCCACACGUGUGGUAUGGCCAACAUGUUUGCAUACCACAGCCUGGGCUACGAUGACCUGGAUGAGCUGAUGAAGGAACCAAAGCCACUCUACUUUGUCCUGGAGCUGUUGAGGGUUCAGCAGCCCAGUGAGUACAACAGGGAGUCAUGGGCUCUGAGUGAUGAGGAGAGGCUCAAGGUUGUUCCUGUGCUGCAUGGCCAAGGAAACAAGCUGUACAAACAGGGACACUACCAAGAGGCAACGCAGAAAUACAAAGAGGCCAUCAUCUGCAUCAAGAAUGUUCAGACUAAGGAGAAGGCAUGGGAUGUUCCAUGGCUGAAGCUUGAGAAGAUGGCGAACACUUUAACGCUUAACUACUGCCAAUGUCUGCUCCGCAUGGAGGAGUACUACGAGGUCAUUGAGCACACCACGGAUAUUAUCAAUCAGCAUCCAGGCGUUGCAAAAGCAUUCUACCUGCGAGGGAAGGCCCACAAAGAAGUUUGGAAUGAGGCAGAGGCGCGGCAGGACUUCACCAGGGUGCUGGACCUCGACCCCGGCAUGAAGAAGGCCGUGAAGAAGGAACUGGCGGUGCUCAAUAUGCGCAUGGAGGAGAAGAACCAGGAGGACAGGAACAAGUACAAAGGCAUGUUUUGACCCAGAACCUGAAAACUUAAGAUUUGACCUUCUGUGAAUGUUCACCUCAACAUCGCCUGAGCUGUGUACAGGUCUGCAGGUAUCAACUAUAUAUAAAAAUAAAUAAAUAAAUACAUACAGUUAACUUUUUUAUUCACUCUCUGUUUAUAUCUUGCAGUUUACUGUUUUCAGGAACAUACAAACAUGUAGCUAAAUUUUAAAGUUAAUAAUGCAUAAAGCCCUUUAUGUAAGAUUACUUGCAUGAUUUGUUUAAGAAAGUGUGCGUAUUUCUGAAAUUGUUGUGCAUUAUCCACAAAACUCAAUAAAGUAUGAUAACCUUUCAA